AGAAAAAUAAAAACCAUAGAUAAUAGCAGAUAAAAGCCGAGCAGAAACCAUCUUUGUUUCUGUUUCUUCCGAUCAUCGGUAGGAAAGGUAAAUAAUGGCGGACUCAGCUCCAGCCCGAGGCGGUUUUCGUGGUGGAUUUGGUGGGGCAAGAGGACGUGGUGGCCCUCGUGGUAGAGGUCGUGGUCGCGGUCGUGGACGUGGUCGUGGAAAAGAAGAUUCCAAGGAAUGGAUUCCAGUAACGAAACUUGGUCGUCUCGUUCGUGAUGACAAGAUUCGGUCUCUGGAAGAAAUUUAUUUAUUCUCAUUGCCCAUCAAAGAAUGCGAAAUAAUUGAUCACUUUAUUGGUUCUGACUUAAAAGAUGAGGUUUUGAAGAUCAUGCCUGUCCAGAAGCAAACUCGUGCUGGGCAACGUACUCGUUUCAAGGCAUUUGUAGCUAUUGGGGAUAGCAAAGGACAUAUCGGUUUAGGUGUCAAGUGCAGCAAGGAAGUAGCUACUGCCAUUCGAGGUGCUAUAAUUCUGGCCAAAUUAUCUGUUGUUCCUGUUCGCAGGGGAUAUUGGGGUAAUAAGAUUGGUAAACCUCAUACUGUACCAUGUAAGGUAACUGGUAAAUGUGGUUCUGUUGCUGUACGUCUAAUACCUGCACCUCGUGGUACUGGUAUAGUUUCAGCCCCUGUUCCAAAAAAAUUACUUCAAAUGGCUGGUAUCGAGGAUUGUUAUACAUCAGCUAGGGGUUCAACUGGUACUUUAGGUAAUUUUGCAAAGGCUACUUAUGCAGCUAUUGCAAAAACAUACGCAUACUUGACACCUGACUUAUGGAAAGACAUGCCUUUGACAAAAACACCUUACCAGGAAUUCGCGGACUAUUUGGCCAAGAAUCAUCGUCCAGUUGCUAGUACACAGCGCCCCGCCGAUGCUGUUUGAUUUUAACGUUUUAAUGAAGUAAUCGUUUUAAUAAACGACGUUUAAAACUUU